AUGUCAAAAGUACACAAGGAAAAAAGGAAGACUACACGCAAAUACCAGACUGAUUUUUUAUUACUAGGCUUCAUCCCAUCAAGUGCUGAUUCUAAGAGGCCUGAAUGUGUGGACUGUGGCUUAGUAAUGACAAAUGUUUCCAUGAAGAAAUCAAAAUUGUUCGCCCAUCAACAGUUGAAGCAUCCUGCUUCUGUUGGAAAGGAGCGCAGCUAUUUCAGGAAGAAAGUGGAGUUACGCCAAAAGAAUGCUCCAAAAACUUUAGAAUUCUGCUUAAAAAAAGCAAAUGAGCAUAAUAACAAGACACUAAAAGUCAGUUAUGCAGUGAGUGAACUGGUUGCUAAGGUGGGGAAGCCACAUACAAUUGCAGAACGUCUGGUGAAGCCAGCAAUGUUGAUCUGUGCUAAAGAACUGCUAGGAGAACAGGCUGCCAACAUUCUACAAAAAAUCCCAUUGUCUAAUGACACAGUGAAGAGAAGGCAAAUUGAAAUGGCAGAAAACCUCGAGAAACAGCUUGUGGAAAAAUUAAAAGUUUCUAAGUUCUCACUACAAAUUGAUGAGACAACAAUCAACAAUUCUGCCUUAUUACUUACUUAUGUCCGAUAUAUUGAUGCAAUGGCAAUUCAUGAAGAAAUGUUAUUUAUAAAAAAGUUGAUUGACACACGAAGCGACACUAUAUAUGCGGCUGUUUACGACUAUCUGUACGAUAAUGGGAUCCCUCUGUCAAAUCUGUUGCAGAUUGCAACAGACGGUGCCAGCGCUAUGACCGGCAAACAGAAUGGCUUUGUAGCUAAAUUAAAAAAAGUUGCCCCUCAUAUAUUGGCAAUUCAUUGCAUCAUCCAUCGAGAACAUCUUUGUGCUAAAUCUCUCAAUGAUGACAUGGAACAUGCAUUGAAAGUCGCUGUUUCAACAGUGAAUUUUGUCAAAGCCAAUGCUUUGCAUGACCGCCUAUUUCAACAUUUAUGUGAACAUGAGGACCACCAGAGACUCCUCAUGCACACUGAAGUGAGAUGGCUUUCCAAAGGAAAUUCCCUAGUUCGUCUUGCUGAAAUGUGGGAUAUGGUUCUUAUUUUUGUUCAUGACAUGAAAACACAAGCUUGUAGCAAGAAGCAGAAAGAUAAAGCUGAGACUUUGUUUUCAGUGAUAAAUAACAACGAUACAAAAGCAAGGAUUUUUUACCUGGCUGACUUAUUCGCACAUGUCAACCAACUGAACAUGACACUGCAAGGGCGAAAUGCUAAUCUGAUAGAUAGUGCUGAGAAAGUACGCUCUUUUUUGAACAAGUUAUGUCUCUGGAAGAUGCAUCUUCAAAAAAAUGAAUUUGCUUAUUUUUGUAAUUUUGCCAAAACUGCUCCGAGCUCAGAAGUAAUCGCAAGCUGCACUGACCACUUGAAAUGCUUGAAAGAAGAUAUGACUAGAAGAUUUAAAGAUAUCAUCGAAAUGAAUCCGCCUAGUUGGAUUAUAGAUAUAGCACAUUUUGACGUAUUAAGUGAAAAAGACAUUGAUCCUAUUAUUGCUGGAGAACUUCUUGAACUGAAGGAGAACAAAGUAUUAAUGAAAAAUAUUGAAAGGGAUGGCUUAUAUGGAUGGAUGAAAGUAGAAUCGAUUCAUCCAUUACUCUUUGAAAAAGUUGUUCCGUUUGUACUUGGCUUUCCCACCACUUGGUUGGUUGAGACAGGAUUUUCUGCAACAAACGAUUUACUCACAAAAAAACGCAAUCAAUUGCAGAUUGAGAAGAGAGGAGACUUACGUUUGAGGUUGAACCAAGAUCUGGAAAUUCAACUUGACAAAUUGAUAGAUAGACAUCAAGAGCAGUGUAGUCAUUGA